UUGGAACACCUGAGGCACAGCAGGUGCAAGGCCCUCGCCGCCCCGUGACCUUGACGUGCCACCAUGGACACGUCACUUGCAUCCCCGGAGCCCUUCCUGGCCACCCCGCAGGCUGAGGUGCUGGAGGAGCUGCUUAAGGCACAGCUGGGGCCCCUGCCCCGACUUGCGGCCAUCUGUAGGCUCAAGCGGCUGCCCUCAGGAGGCUACUCCACCACAGAGGACCUGCAUCUGGUGCUGGAGCGCAGGCGCGUGGCCAACGCCAAAGAGCGCGAGCGGAUAAAAAAUCUCAACCGUGGCUUUGCCAAGCUAAAGGCUCUGGUGCCGUUCCUACCACAGAGCAGGAAGCCCAGUAAAGUUGACAUCCUUAAAGGUGCCACGGAAUACAUACGGAUCCUCGGCUGUGUUCUGGAAGGAGCAAAGACCUCAGAGAAACAAGGCCCUGAGGAGCAGACCCACAGUAGCAGACCCUCUGACUCUCAUGUGUCCUCGACUAGAGAGCUCUUGGGAAAUGCUGCCCAACCUACCAGCUGUGCAAGUGGCUUGAAGAAAGAAGCGGAGGGGCCUUGGGCAUAUGGUGGCCAUAGUGAGCCGGUGUACAGCUAUCACCAGAACACAGUGCUUGAGACUAGGAGUUACUUCAUUCAUUAGGAGUCUGAUGAAAGAUUCCUUCUAAAAUAUUCAUGUAUAAAUUGAAAAGCUCAAAAGCAUCGCCAAGAUGAGUAUUUUUUAUGUAAAAUAUGAUUAAAAUGAGAUGAUAUGGGAAAGGA